UGAAUGAAUAAAUUUUAAAAAUGUUAAAUAGAAAAUAUGAUCUAGCAUCUAGCAACAAAAAGCGAGCAGACGACAUAAUAAGAAGCAGGUUGUAUCAUCUUGUCGCUGUCAUAACUCAUGAGCGUAAUUUGACGACGAAAACAUUUUAAUUUGAAAGCAAUGAAUACCGGAAACUUGUCAGAAGUGUUUGAGGAUAUUUUUUCAAAUUGUGACGUUCUAAUUUCUAGUCUACAAAAAGAAAAAGAAUCUUCUUUGCAGCCAUGUGAACAGGAUUUACAGGAAUUUCAAUCAAACGUUGUAUCAUUCUCUAAAGUUUUAUCUCAUGAAGCCACAAAAUUUGCGAUAGCCCAUAGUAGCCCACCUUUUCCUGAGGUGUCAACAACCCAAAGCUUAGCUGGAAGCUUGUGCAAUGCAACAAGUCAGCUCGUUGGAUGCUACCUCUUAUUGCCCAAUACUUGUGGUUCAACAUUCCUCCAGAUAAUUGAAAAAGAAUUGGAGUCUCUGAUAUUUGGUGUGAAGCAGUUUGUGGAAAAAAUUCAUAAUUUGAUCUUGAAAAAUGACAACUUGCAGCCCUGCCUUCUGUCUACUGGAAUCAUCUGGGAAUUUUGCGACAAAUUACCAACUUUGCCAAAAAACAACAAAGAAGCAGUAUCUUCUGUCUUGAAUAGAGAAGAACAACUCAUAAAUGAUGCAAUUGAAGAACUUGAAGAAGCUGCGAAUGCAUCAAUAAAUGAAGACGAAAUUGACUCCGACGACGAAACUACAAUUCGUGGUGUUGCGCUUGAACUUCAUCCUUCAGUCAGAGGUCUUGUAAAAACUGCAGCAGCGCUCGUUCGACGAACCACGAAACUGGUCAACGAUUUCAAUGGUGUUGAUCAAAACAGAUUAGACCCUGUUGUUGAACAAGUUUCAACCAUGAGUACCGAGGUUGAUGAUUUAAUAUGUUCACUCUAUCCACCUGUAAACGUUGUGCUAGCUGUCGAUCAUGGCAACACAUUGUCAUCAAAAAUGGACCAACUUUUAAAAACAGUCCAGGGAAUUGCUGGAGAAGGAGAUCAGGCCUGGAUUGAAUUGUUAUCAAAAGCCGUCCAACAUAAUCUUCAAAAUUUGCAAACCAAAGCUUCCUCGACGUAACAUUUUUUGCGAACGAAAUACAUUGGAAAGUUACAGUUA